CGGAAGUUGGGCAGAAUACGGAAGCGAAUCAACCCCCCUUCGCGGUGUGCUCUCUGGAAGUUUAUAUGAAUGUGGAGACAAGUAAACAGUGAAACCCGGACUAGUCAACUUAAAAAAGUUCUCUUGUCAAAGGAGGAAACUGUUCACGGAUCUGAGUGCAACCGGAGAAGCUGCUUUUUAAUCCACGCACUCCAAUCAAUCUGGAAAGCUGGACCGAAAUGAAGAAACUGUCAUAAAAUCUACAUAGUACUGCAUUAUACUGACAGCGACGUGAACAACAAACAGUGGAGGGCAGCAAUACGCCGUAGAUGCGUCUAGUCUGCCAAAUAAAAGAAGAAGAAGAAGAUAUAAACUAUGACGAACUCACUUGUCCGACAAGCCGACAGGUGAUUGGAUUGUGCCGAUUGUUGACAGGGACCUGAACACAACAUGACCUGAUGGAGAACAUCCGACCACGUCUGAAGUUUGGAAACAAGGUCGAGGAUGUGAAACUGAGGAAGAGAACAUCUCAGCUGUACUCGAAGGAAGAUGAAUGUUCUCUGAACAACGACGCGCUGAGAGCCAGAGUCGUCGCGUUUUCGGUCGCAUUCAGACUGAUCAACUGCUUCCUGGUCCAGACCAGCUUUGUCCCCGAUGAGUACUGGCAGUCCCUGGAGGUUUCCCAUCAUAUGGUCUUCAAUUAUGGGUAUCUGACAUGGGAGUGGAAGGCGGGAAUAAGAGGAUUCUCCUAUCCACUCUUCUUUGCAUUCGUAUACAAGAUAUUACACUUGAUACACUUGGACUCUGUCCACCUCCUGAAAUGGCUUCCAAGGAUAAUCCAAGCUCUCCUGGCUGCAUUUGCGGAUGUCAAAUUCUUCUUCCUCAUCCGAACGCUGGAGAGUCGGGAUGUUGCAAAAUGGACGUUUUUCUGCCACCUGUGCUCGUGGUUCUCGUGGUUCUGCUGCACCCGGACGCUGACCAACAGCGCGGAGACCACCAUCACCUGUCUGGCUCUUUUCUACUUUCCCCUGCCUGGGUCCAAAACACACAGCAGCAAAAAAUAUUUGACCCUCGUUGCCUUGGCUGUCGUUGUUCGUCCGACGGCCCUGAUCGUCUGGUUUCCUCUGCUGAUGUACCAUUUCUGGCAGGACGAUGACAAACUGAGACUCAUCACUCAUAACUAUAUUCCCAUAGGGGCUUCAGCUGUAGUGAUUUCAACGGUCAUUGACUGUAUAUUCUAUGAAAAGUGGACCCUGGUGCAGUUCAACUUCCUGAAGUUUAACAUCUUUCACAGUGUGGCUGAUUUCUACGGCUCUCACCCCUGGCACUGGUACUUCACCCAGGGCUUUGUUGUCGUGAUCGGCCCGCAUCUUCCCUUCUUUCUUCAUGGAUGCACCGUCGCCUACAAAAGAUACAAAGUCCUGUUGGCAGCGGUCGUCUGGACCAUUGUGGUUUACAGUUUGCUUCCUCACAAGGAGUUCAGAUUCAUCUAUCCCGUGCUGCCUUUCUGUAUGGUCUUCUGCGGGAUAUCUUUGGCUAAUUUGAAAGUGUGGCGUCGAGCUGCAGCGCUUGUCCUGUUGGUGACCAACCUGGUUCCAGCUCUCUACACUGGGCUGAUCCACCAGCGAGGCACUCUGGAUGUCAUGAGCCACCUCCACCCACUCUGUGACACCAGCAGCAGCAUGUCCAUGUCUCCGCAGCCGGACGUCCUCUUCCUCAUGCCCUGCCACUCAACUCCCUACUACAGCCACGUCCACUGCCCAAUGAAGAUGAAGUUUCUCGAGUGUCCUCCAGAUCUCGGAGAGGACGGUUACGUUGACGAAGCAGAGAGAUUCUACGACGACCCUCUUCACUGGCUCAGGACUUCAUUUCCGUACAAAUCCUCUCUGCCCACCCACCUGGUCUUGUUUGAUGUUUUGGAAAAGGAAAUCUCCGUGUUUUUGGAAGGGAAUCGCUUUGUGAGGACAGCAGAGAUAUUUCACACUCACUUUCCUGAGGGUAGAGUUGGAGGAAGCAUCUUUAUUUAUGAAAGGCACUGACAAACACUUUAACAAUGGAAAUCCUCUUUCCUUACUGAUUAUGUCAAAUGAUUUGAUACUAAAAUAAACUAUUUUAACUCGGACGAUCUUGAAAUAUCA